UGUGGCUCUGUGGGGGCGCCGGUGCGUGCCCAAAACAAGCAAAGAACGCGCCCGCGGCCGCGCCUACGGGCAGGCGCGGCGAGGGGAUGGCGGCCAUGGACAUGGAGGACGGCGAGGACAUAUGGGUCAACACCACCAGCCCCAGCCCAAUCGCCUCGCGAACACAGCCCGCCACGGCCGCGGCGGCGGCCUCCAGCUGCAGCUCCAUCUCCACGCAGCACAGCCUCAACUCCCACAUCCACCUACUCUCCUCCGCGGCCGCGGCCGCGGCCGGCGCGCACUGCUCCCCGCCCCACUCCAGCGGCGCCGACGGCAUCUGUGCCGCCGGAGGCAUCCGCCACCACAUGGGCCUCGGCGGCGGCUUCCGCAAUGCCGCCGCGUUCCCGGUGUCCUUCUUCUCCUACAGCCUCAACGCUGCCGCCGCCCGCAGCGCGCUCGAGGACGAGAUGUGCCUCGGCCCCGACGCGUCCGCCACCUGGGCCGGAGCUGGCGUCGGGGGCGACGACCGCCGCAAGAAGCGCAUGAUCAAGAACCGCGAGUCCGCGGCGCGCUCCCGCGCGCGCAAGCAGGCCUACAUCCUCGAGCUCGAGAGGGAGGUGCAGCUCCUGCAGCAGGAGAACGAGAGCCUCCGCGUCAAGUACGAGCAGCUGAGGGUGUCCGUGGAGGUGCCGGUGCCGAUGAAGAAGACGCUGCAGAGGACGCCCUCCGCGCCAUUUUGAGGGAGGAGACGAAGACCUUAGCAGGUCGCCGAGUUCUUUUGGCGGUAAUCAACCAUGAUUGCAAGCGACUGAUUAGUGAGUACUGCUGCUGCUGCUGCUGCUACAAUUACUCACAUAGCUUAUAGAUGCGUCGCAGUAGUAAUCUACUAAGCUUUGCCGUCCAUGUACAUAGAUUGAGUCUCAUGUUCAAUUGCAUCUAGGGCAUGUAGUAAGCUUUGCCUUAAUCGGAUCUGUACAGUGGCAGCUGCCUAGCUAGACGAGGCUGCCUGCCUGUCAUCAGUACCAUGGUGAUGUCCUGCUGGCUGCUGCUAUAUAGUAUAUGUCUGUGUGUAGCUUGUCGCAUGGGAUUGGGCAGAGGGAUGAUGAGGCUGCUUGUACAAAUGCGGUAACUAUUGCUUCCUAGAACAAUGACAUUUUGGGGCGCAAGAAAGAACAACCCAUGAAGCAGGCCUCUUGUUCUGUUUUUUUCUC